AUGCUGCCCUGGAGAAGGAAUAAGUUUGUUCUGGUGGAGGACGAGGCCAAGAGUAAGCCCAAGAGUCUGGGGAGCGGGCUGACCUACCACUCCAUCCUCUCCUCCCUGCUGCGCUCCUGCCCCGACCUGCUGCCGGACUGCCCCUUCCACUGGGUGGGCAGCCUCUUCCAGACCAAGCGGCAAAAGGUGGAGCUCAACAAAGAGGAGCCGGUCUACAACGUGCGCUACCUGGGGAGCGUGGUCACCAUCACGGCGAAGGGGGACGGCUGCACGCAGGAGGCGGUGGCCAAGAUCUGGGUGAGGAGCAACUACGGCGAGCAGAGCGUGAAGAUGAGGUUAGCGGUGGGUUCGCAGGGCAUCCGGAUGAGCGCCGACAAGUCGGGGAAGAAGAAGCCCGUCCACCUCUACUCCCUGAACAGGAUCACGUACUGCGCGCCCGACCCCUGCCGGCCCAAAAUCCUGGCCUGGGUCUACAGGCACCAGGUCAAGAACAUGGCCGUGGUGCUCCGGUGUCACGCCGUCCUGGUCGGCAAGGCGGAGAAGGCCCGGGCCAUCGCCGGGCGCCUGGACCAGAACGCCGCCUCGGCCUUCAGCGAGUUCAAGCGGCUCAAGCGCCAGAGCGACUUCCGCCACUGCCAGCAGCAGCUGCUCGGGGAGGAGGCCGUGCCCCUGAUGCCCCUGAGGAGGCUGCUGAACGGCCAGUGCCACUACAGGCCGCCGGCCGAGAGCCCCGGGACCGCCGCCCGCCUCUGCUCCAUCACAGAAGAAGAGGAGGAUGAGGAGGAGGAGGAAAAGCACAGCAAAGAGGGCAGCGAGGAGGCGGAGGAACUGGAGGAGAGCGUGGAGCUGCAGCAGGAGAAGCAGAAGGUUCUGACCACAAACACAGACCCGACUCAGCUUUUAUCCGAGCUGGACAUCGGGGACAUCGCCCAGCUGGAGCAGUGCCAGAUCAACUUUGUCAGCGACAGCAACAACAACACGUUUUCCUUCAUAACCUCUCUGGUGUGA